UUAGACACAGAAAAUUUCAUCAACGAAGCACUUGAAAAUAAUGGGUAAAAUUGGGAGUGUCUGGGAAAAAAAAACUAUUUUUCUCCAAUCUCCCUUUUAAAAAUACCCACAUUUUUUCUUUCCAGAAAUUUUCUGUGUCUGAAAGUCUGGAAAAAAUCGAAAUUCUAUCAAGCUUGUUUUGAUAUUUUUUUUUCAUAAAAAAAUGCCUUUUUUGGGAAUUUUCGAAAGUUCCUAAAAACGGUCCUUCGUAGUAGGAAAUUUGAAAUUUGGGAAUGCUUUUAUUUCACGUAGAAUUUGCAAUUAUGGCUUUGAAAUAUUACCAACACUUCUGACAGCCUCUGAGACAUGAAAACCCAACACAGCACACUUUUUAACAACCACAAACCUCCUCCUCCACGGAAAGCUAUUGGACCAUAGUUGAAACGGUGCCCUAUUCCUUGGCAAGCAGUCAAACAAAUACCGGCACCACAACCUGUACAAAUGUCAUUAGCAGUCAUCAGCAUGGUGGGGUUCAUCAGCAGCAACAGCAGCAGCAACAGCAGCAGCAACAACAACAUCAUCACCACCACAAUACCGCAAUAUUACAUGCCCCCCAUCCACAUGUCCAACAUCAAAGUGUGCAGUCGACACAGCAAACUCACAAUUCCGCCCAUCAUGCAGUGGUCUCGGCUGCCCCUCAACACAUUAGUCACACCUCCACAUCAAAUGCAGAUCCGGCAGAUAUCAUAGCCUCGGCUACAGUGGUGGUGGAAAUACCCUCCGAGACCGAGGGUAUGCCGGCCAGUACCAUACACUAUACCCUGCCUAAGGGUACCACAACGCAACAUCAAGAAAUUCUGCGUAGCGUCCAGACAUCAACGGCCCUAACGGCGGCCUAUAACAAAUUGGCAAAUCCUCCUGCGGCCACCAUACAAAUUGUUAAGCAAGCCCCACCAGGUCAUGGCUUACAGCCGGGCACGGCAGGAACCACAAGGGCCAUAAUACAACAUGAGGCGCCUCAAACGCAUUCCCACUCCCAUGUACAGCAACAUCAUCAUCAGCAUCAAGUGCAGCACAUAACCCUACAAGAAUGUCUAGAGGCUACGGCCACAACUGCAGCCCUACAGCAGCAGCACCAACAACAUGCAACGCAGCAUUUGCAGGUGACAACAAGUAAUAACAACAACAACCAGGCCAACAAUGCUGCCACCACAACACAAUUACCCCAAACGGAGUUCAUAAAAAUUGAUACCUCCCGAUUUGAGGAUAAGGUGCUGCUACGCAAUGUGGUACAAUACGAACAGCAGCAGCAACAACAGCAAAUUGCCAGCAACAAUCAUGGAACACCCACCACGACCACCACAAUUAUUGUCAAUGAAGCCACGGGGGCCACACAUUUGGAAGUUAUAAACAAAGAGCAGCAUCAUCCUCAUCAUCAUCACCUUCAGCAACAACAUCACAACCAAAUGGCGGGCAUUAAUGAAUCCCUUACCACCACCUCGGCCUCGGUGACAUCCGAAACCGAUGACAUGGAUACAGAAUUGACCGAAAUGAAACCCUUCAAUGCAAUGCAAAAUCCUCCAUCCACAACCACCACCACCACCACAACGUCGGGCCAUGAGACAUCGGAAAAUGAAAGUGACAAAUUUUUGGCUCCACCCAAACGUAUCAAGACCCUGGGCCUAAAACCAUCCGACAUAGCUGCCGCUGGCCUGCAAUAUGUCUGCAAUGUCUGUGGAAAAUCCUAUAAAAUCAAGGGCUCCCUGAAACGUCACAAAAGCUAUGAAUGCGGUGUGGCACCGCAACUCUCCUGUCCCUAUUGUCCGCACAAAUGUAAAUACAAAUCGGAUCUGCGUAAGCAUAUCUCGCAGAAACAUGCUGUCAGCGUGCAGCAGAGCAGUGCCAUCUAUAAAUAGAGAGCGUUUUAAGGAUUUA